CUGCGUUAUCGCGAAGAAUAUACGACCGACGAAAAGUUGAUCUAAUUUCUUGGCAAACAAGAGGCUAAUGAUAUCAGCGAAAUUAAUUUUGGUAGAGUGCAGCGUAAAGUUGCCUAUUUAAGGAUUCUCGCCUAUUUGCGGAAUCUUCCGAAUCACAGCAUUUUAUCUACAAUGCCAUAAAUCGGACUGACAUUGCACCGAGUAUCAGCCCAACAUAUAGUAUCGCAUUGCAUGUUAUCAUUGUCAGUGAGUAUGUAGAUUUCGUCAGGUACUUUUCCAAAUUCCUGCGAGGCUGUUUUAUUAGAUAUAUAUACAUGAUCAGACCGUGGACACGUAAGCUGCAUUUUUCCGAAAUCCGAUGUCGUUUUAGUGCCGGAAUAGUGCAUUCAAACAUUAAUUCAAACCGCCGUAUCAGACAAGUAGAAAGGAAAUAAUCGAAAUAUAAUAAAUUUCAUCAACGGGAAUUAACAAAUCCAGGAUGAUCACCAAUGGCACGGAAUCGUUUUUUGCGGGUCACGAGUUGAAGGAACUCACCUUCGGAUGGACCGACUACAUCCUGUUCGGUGGUUUGCUGGGCAUCAGCAUUCUCAUCGGCAUUUACUUUGGCUUCUUCAGCACAAAACAGGACAAUACUACCGAGUAUUUGCUCGGCGGCAAAACCAUGUCCUUUCUUCCGAUUAGCAUGAGCCUCAUAGCCAGUCACAUAUCGGGGGUGUCUUUGCUCGGCGUGCCCUCUGAAGUGUACCAGUACGGGACUCAAUAUGCAGCGUGCAUUUUCACAUCCUUCAUCUGCUGUCUCCUAAUCAUAUUAUUAUAUCUGCCGGUGUUUUACAAGCUACAGCUGAAAAGCACUUUUGAAUAUUUGGAAAUUAGAUUCGCCAGGCCCGUUCGGAUAUUAGCAUCCUUUCUCUUCACCCUUUCGUUGGUGAUUUAUGUGCCGCUGAUAAUCUACGUGCCGGCAUUAGCCUUCUCGCAAGCAACGGGAAUGAAUCUGCAUUAUGUUGCGCCAAUGAUAUGCUUGGUGUGCAUUUUCUACACGACUAUCGGAGGUCUGAAGGCUGUCGUAUGGGCGGAUACGGUUCAGAUGACGGUGACUAUCGGAAGUCUCGUUGCCGUUCUGAUUUUGGGAACUAUCGCCGUGGGCGGCAUCGGCGCGACCUGGAGAAUAGCCGAAGAAGGUGGUAGAAUUGUGUUUUGGAACAUGAACCCUAGCCCUUUCAUUAGAAAUUCGUUUUGGGGUAUGUCAGUGGGAAUGACAAUGACGUGGCUGGCAUCGCUGGGCAUUAACCAAGUUUCUAUACAAAGAUUUCUGGCAGUGCCUACCAUUAAAGAAGCGCAAAAGUCAAUAUGGUUCCUAGCUGUAGGUCUAGUGGUCGUAAAAUUUAUCUCCGUCUUCACCGGUCUCACAAUGUACGCAAGAUAUCAUAAAUGCGAUCCCAUAACUGCACACGUGGUAGCAAGGAGCGACAAGAUAUUGCCGUAUUACGUGUUAGAUGUAGCCGCGGAUGUUCCAGGACUUCCUGGCCUCUUCCUCGCCGGUCUGGUGAGCGCCGGUCUCUCGACGAUGAGCGCCGGACUGAACACAGUCGCCGGCACGAUUUACGAGGAUUUCAUCGAUCGCUGGAUGCCAGAGAGCAACGACAAAGAGACUAAAGCUGCCAACAUUAUGAAGGUCACGGUGGUUAUCUUAGGCAUCCUGUGCGUGGGCAUGGUGUUUGUCGUGGAUCGUCUCGGGGACAUCUUCCAGCUAUCCAUGACUGUCACCGGAAUCACCGCCGGUGCGAUGCUGGGCUUGUUCUCGCUGGGGAUGCUGGUACCUUGGGCGACGACUAAGGGGGCAGUAGCCGGCGGACUGGUGUCGAUGAUGACGAUGAUCUGGAUCAUCGUUGGCGCGCAAUGGCAUAUGGUGAACCGUCGUCUCUACUACGAACCGCUGCCAUCUACGACGGACGGUUGCCUGAACUUGCCUGGUCUGAAUCGUACGAUUGCAACGGCGCAGAAUCUUUCGGUUCAAGUCGAAUCCGCGGACGAGCCUUUCUUCAUGUACAGGAUAUCCUUCAUGUACUACACGUUAUUAGGCGCUCUGAUUGUGAUAGUGAUCGGAACGAUAGUCAGCUUCGUCUGCGGCGCUCCUGACUUGGGCGACGUCAAUCGAGAUCACUUGACACCAUUCGUCACCAGAUUUAUGCCACCAAAAAAAUAUAUGGAGGUGUCGUUGCACACAGUACCGACAACGCUGGUAACCAAUUUAGAGAAAGAAGAACUGAAAUCUUAAAACAUGUAUAUUUUAUCCUCGCAAAUCUCUUCUCUGAUAUUACAUAAGACAUUAUUACAGCAAAAAAAUGUAAACGUGCGCUUGAAUAUUUGAGAAACUGUUUGAUUGGAAAUUGAUCUCUAAUAAUAUUACAUACUUUGCGUAAUCGAAUACAUAAAUAUGUUAAAUAUUCUAUCAUAAUCUAAUUUCUGCUGAACUCAGGCGAAGAUUGUUUUGAGAGAAGGCUAGUCCAAACUUUUAAUAUUGAUCAACAUCGACGCAAAGGUGUUUAUAUAUAUAUUUAAACCGUCCAAGGAAUAAAGAGAAAGAAAAGGAAACAACUUCAAUCAAUAAAUCCUUAAUACCAUGAAUUAUUGGAAGACAGCGAUCGACAGACAAACAGGCGCAUUU